AUGGCACACAUCAACUUCUCGACUGAGGAGGCUGCUGCUGGUUGGAAGACACAGGCCAGAGAGACACUCACCUACUGGGUCCCCGAGGUCGACAUCAAGGGAACCCUACCCAAGGACCUCGUCGGCACCUUCUUCCGCAACGGCCCAGGCAACGACAGCGUCGGCUCCACAAAGUUGAUCCACCCCAUCGACGGAGACGGUCUCAUCGUCGCCUUGUCCUUCCCCGGUGACGGACACGUCCACUUCAACUCGCGUUUCGUCCAAUCGCGUCACCGUGUUGAGGAGAAGGCUGCCCAGAAGAUGAUUUAUCGUGGUCAGAUGGGGACUGAUCCUAAUAGCUUCAAGUCCAACAUUGCGGCUUUGGUCAAGGCCAAGAUUGGGUGGGAGAAGAGUUCCACGGUCUUGACGUUUAGGAACCCAUCUAAUACUAAUGUUUACAUGUGGGAGGGCAAAGUGCUCAGUGCUCACGAAACCAGUCUUCCCCAUUGCUUGGACCCGAUGACGCUGGAGACUAUUGGUGAAGAGACGUUGGACGGCACUCUUCAGCUCAAUGUAUUGGGCGCUCACUUCCGUUAUGAUCCAUUCAUGGACCGUCUUGUAACCAUGUCUGCCAAGGCUGGAGUCAACCGACUGCCUUCACUUCAGAUCAACGAGUAUGGUCGUCAGUGGGCUGUCAAGAGUCUCCAGACGUUCCAUAUCCCGGGAUUGAACUAUGCUCACGAUUUGCUGCUGAGCAAGAACUUUUACAUUGUGCAGAUCACACCCUUUGUCAACAUAUCGACAGCCGAUGUGUACAAGUUCUUCUUGGGCCUGUCUUCACCCGGUGAUGCCAUGCGCUACUACGAGCACCUGCCCUGCCGCCUGGUGAUCAUUGCUCGUACUCCUCAAGUCGCCGACCAAAUCCUGGGUGGUCGCUCCUGGAUCGAGGCGGACAUUCCUGAACCGUGCCACAUUUUCCAUUUUGGCAAUGUUCAAGAGUUGGUUGAGAAAGACCGUGUUGUGGGCUUGGACUUGACGGCUGUCUGUUUGGGCAAGAAGUUCAACAUGGAGUUUGAGAACAAGACGUGGUUGAGCAAUGCGUCCAAGGCACCUGGUCUGUUGACUGGAUUCAAGGUCCGGUUUGGAGAUGCUAACAAUGCGUCAAACGACAAAGUUUGGUCCAAAAGACCAUUGGUCUACCAGACAGUCUUGCAUUCAGCUUCGGUCGAGUUCCCUGCUGUCCAUCCUUAUCGCCAUGGUCAGGAUACUAGGUUCACGUACAUGAUGGCGUCGAGUGACCCCAAGCGUCCCCAUUACUACACCGCAGUCUUGAAGCACGACCUCCAUGGACAGGGAACCAAGUUUUGGCAGAGUGAAGGUGUAACGGGCGAGCCCUGUUUUAUCCCUCGUGGUGGAUAUGCGGUUGUUGGAGAGGUGGAUCAGCGCAAGGAAGAUGAUGGAUUUGUGGUUGUGCAGGUGUACCAUCCCAAGCGAAAGACGACGGACUUUGCGGUGCUGGAUGCUCAGACGAUGGAAUUGUUGGCGACGAUUGGAUUGAAGCACCAUGUCCCGUUUGGGUUCCAUGGUACUUUUACACCUGAGCUGUUUGUGCAAGGGUCUGCUCCUCCCAGCCUUAUCCGAGCCAAGCUCUGA